AUGGCGACAUGGUUCAAUGUACUACGACCGACAGAAAAAUUGAAUUACACCGGAGACACUGCUGAGAUAGUGAUAGAAACGACGUGUCCGAUAACACAUGGAGAUUCGAAGGUGUGUGUAAUUAACACAUUAUUAAUUCAUAGCGAAGGUGGGACGCUAUGUGUCGACGAUAUUUUUAAGAACAUCCACACGACUAUUCAAAUGAGUUCACCGAUAGAACGGAUUACAGCAUUAAGCGAGGGGGUGGUAGUUAUAACGAAACAAUAUAUCACAUUAUAUAGUAUCGAUGUGAAUGGCCUCACCCAGAAGUGUCAAUACUCGAAUUCGUACGUCUCGAUCCCUACGGAGAGUGUGGUGUACAAUAAACAAACCCUCUUCUAUAACACAUCAAGCGGCGUUGUCUCAAUGACGUGGAAAAGUUCUGAGUUCCAGACGGUGAUGUCAUACACUAACGACAGACGAUUUGAUCUGGUGAAAGGAAUUGUAGGGGAUGAACCAUUGAAAAAGGUCGUCGGGAUUAGUAUCUCCGCGUUUGUCUGCGUCUUCGAGAGAAGAAUGGUCCUCGUCACGUCAAACAAAGUGAUUGAAAUGAAGAUGAAACUGGAGGGAAGUAUAGAAGACGUAAAACAUAACAAAAACAGAAUCUUCGUCGCGACACAAAACGACUUCUUCGUGUUCAGCCACAAAAUCACAGCACUCGAAAAACUCGAACUCUUAGGAAGGUGGAACGCUAGGGGGGCUUUAAUAUGCGUCACUGAAUAUGGAGCAAUCUUCAGAAAGGGUGGUGUUGGCUUAGUAGUUAAGUGGACGUGCGAAAUGAAAGAGGCGGUGAUGUACCGAGUCAAUGUCGGAAAGGAAUUUGAAGAUUUCAGAUUUGUGAAUGAAGAGAAGAUCUGUGAGAAGGCCGGAAAGAACAUCAUUGUGAGUCGAAUUCCGGGCGAAAGUGAAGCAAAGAUCGUGCAAUCUCAAGAAACAAAUGGAGAAGAAAAUGAAACGUUGCAAAACGAAAGAGUCGAAGAAAAAGACGAGAAAAUGCUAGAAAAAAGAGAAGAAAAAAGUGAUAAGAAUGAGAGUGAGAAGAUUGAAGAAGACGAAAAGAAAGCAAAUAAAGGAGUUGAAAAUGCAAAAGAAGAAGAGGUGGUCAUCCAAGAAAUCGUUGAGAUCCCAACAACCAGUCUCAAUGAAAAGGUCGAAAUGGAGACUCAACAAGUGGAGAACGUUGAGACUGUGAAAACGUCUCAAACCAUUGAAAACCCACAAGAAACUAUAAAGGAAGAAGUCAAAGAAGAAAUAAAAGACAAAGUGGUCAAUCCCAUCAUCGAUGAUAUUAACACAACAGUCAUGGUUGUGAGAAGCGACAAUCAACCAAGUUCAAAGACGAGUGGAAUUAUUGUGAGUAAUGGAAAUAACGAUGUUGAGUCUCUUGGGAAUAUUGAAAUCCCUGAUACAACCGAAAUUAGUCAGCCACAAGACCAAAAUACACAACCAACAACAGACCAAAUUCUUGAAGAGAAGAUGCGAAGCGAGAAGAUGAAUGAAGAGCGUGAGAAGAUGGAAAAACUGCGAGAGUUACAAAUGAAAGAACGUGAGGAGAAACUGAGAAAGCUUCGAGAGAAGAAACAAAGCCAAAAAGCCGAGAAAAUCGAACUUCAAAAGGAACUCGUUUCCCAAAGCAAUUUCCCAACUACCCCAAAAGAGAAGGUCAACCCCUCUCCACGCAAAGCAGAUGAAAGACAAAGUCCCUCCCCAACGCCAAAGAAGAAAGACAAAAAAUUGCAAAAAGAUGACGAAACAAAACCAAAAUCCCAAGGCACAACUGAGCCACAAACACCAAAGAAGAAAGAUAAAAAGAACGAAAGUCGUAAAGAGACUCCUAUUGAAAAAGAAUCAAAGAAAAAGGUCGUGGACCAGUUUAAACAGAUCGACCAAUCCCUCGCAGGUUAUUUAUCAUUCAUGAAGACGAUGGAAGACAAGCCGUACUGCUUGGAGUUUUCGGAGAUGUUGAAAGGAUUCAGAUUGUCUAAUUGA